AUGGCGCUGCCGGCCAGUCUGGUGCCCCUGUGCUGCUUGGCACUUCUGGCGCUGCCGGCCCAGAGCUGUGGGCCGGGCCGGGGGCCGGUUGGCCGGCGCCGCUACGUGCGCAAGCAGCUCGUGCCGCUGCUCUACAAGCAAUUUGUGCCCAGCGUGCCCGAGCGGACCCUGGGCGCCAGUGGGCCGGCCGAGGGGAGGGUGACAAGAGGCUCUGAGCGCUUCCGGGACCUGGUGCCUAACUACAACCCCGACAUCAUCUUCAAGGAUGAGGAGAACAGUGGUGCAGACCGCUUGAUGACCGAGCGUUGUAAAGAGCGCGUGAACGCGCUGGCCAUUGCGGUGAUGAACAUGUGGCCCGGAGUGCGCCUACGGGUGACCGAGGGCUGGGACGAGGACGGCCACCACGCUCAGGACUCACUUCACUACGAAGGACGUGCCCUGGAUAUCACCACGUCCGACCGCGACCGCAAUAAGUAUGGGUUGCUGGCGCGCCUGGCAGUGGAAGCCGGCUUCGACUGGGUCUAUUACGAGUCCCGCAACCACGUCCACGUGUCUGUCAAAGCCGAUAACUCACUGGCGGUCAGGGCAGGCGGCUGCUUUCCGGGAAAUGCCACCGUGCGCCUGCGGAGCGGCGAGCGGAAGGGGCUGCGGGAACUGCACCGCGGUGACUGGGUGCUGGCGGCAGACGCGGCAGGCCGGGUGGUGCCCACGCCCGUGCUGCUCUUCCUGGACCGGGACUUGCAGCGCCGGGCCUCUUUCGUGGCUGUGGAGACCGAGCGGCCCCCGCGCAAGCUGUUGCUCACUCCCUGGCAUCUGGUGUUCGCCGCUCGAGGGCCCGCGCCCGAGCCAGGCGACUUUGCACCGGUGUUCGCGCGCCGGCUGCGUGCUGGGGACUCGGUGCUGGCGCCAGGCGGGGACGCCCUUCGGCCUGCGCGCGUGGCCCGAGUGGCGCGGGAGGAAGCCGUGGGCGUGUUCGCACCGCUCACAGCGCACGGGACGCUGCUGGUCAAUGAUGUGCUGGCCUCGUGCUACGCGGUUCUGGAGAGUCACCAGUGGGCGCACCGCGCCUUUGCUCCUCUGCGCCUGCUGCAUGCGCUGGGGGCGCUGCUUCCGGGCGGGGCCGUCCAGCCAACUGGCAUGCAUUGGUACUCUCGGUUCCUCUAUCGCUUGGCGGAGGAGCUGCUGGACUGA